AUGCUCGUAAUGAAGAAGAGUCCAACCGAUAAUACUGCAAGCAGGUCAUACUCGAUGGCUCCAAACUAUAUCUGUGCCGCUGUAUCAUUUAUAGGUUUAACUGUAUCAUUUUAUGCACUCUACGUGGAAUAUAAUUUGGAAAGUGAUAUCAAUUAUCAGCCAGUAUGUGAUAUAGCUUCUUAUGUUAGUUGCUCGAAAGCUUUUCGUUCACAAUUUGCUGAAGGUCUCGGAGUUGCACCAUCCAUUCUUGGAACUGAUCAUAUAUUAACGCAGUUUCCCUCCCGACGUUUCUUCCGUCCUCGCCUUGCCAAAGUUGAAAUUUUGAACACGGUGCUGUAA